UAUAAAUAGUUGCUGAAAAGAGGGCUAACUACUUCAAAGCAAAAUGAAGCUCUUGCUGUUGCUUUCAGUCCUUGGGGUCUGUUGGGCACAGUAUGAUCCCCAUACCAAAUAUGGCCGAACAUCUAUUGUCCACUUAUUUGAAUGGCGCUGGGAUGACAUUGCUCUCGAAUGUGAGCGUUACCUAGCUCCCAAUGGCUAUGGAGGUGUUCAGGUCUCACCUCCAAAUGAGAAUGUAGUGAUCAAUAACCCUUCAAGACCUUGGUGGGAAAGAUACCAGCCAGUUAGCUACAAGAUAUGCUCACGGUCUGGAAAUGAAGAUGAAUUCAGAGACAUGGUCAAGAGAUGCAACGAUGUUGGAGUCAACAUUUAUGUGGAUGCUGUAGUGAAUCAUAUGUGUGGGAGUGGCGUGAGUGCUGGAACAAGUAGCACCUGUGGAAGUUACUACAAUCCUGGAUCAAGAGACUUUCCUGCUGUUCCAUACUCUUCCUGGGAUUUUAAUGAUGGUAAAUGUAAGACCCGCAGUGAGGAGAUUGAAAGCUACAAUGACAUUUAUCAGGUUAGAGAUUGUCAUUUGUCUGGGCUUCUUGAUCUUGCCCUGGAGAAAGAUUAUGUGCGUUCCACGAUUGCUGCAUAUUUGAACCACCUGAUUGACAUAGGUGUGGCAGGAUUCAGAAUUGAUGCUUCCAAACAUAUGUGGCCUGGAGACAUGAAGGCGUUUCUGGAUAAACUGCACAAUUUAAAUACAACCUGGUUCCCUCAAGGAGCCAGACCUUUCAUUUACCAGGAGGUAAUUGAUCUAGGUGGAGAACCAAUUAAAAGCAGUGAAUACUUUGGAAAUGGUCGGGUUACAGAAUUCAAAUUUGGUGCAAAACUAGGCACGGUUAUACGCAAGUGGAAUGGAGAGAAGAUGGCUUAUUUAAAGAACUGGGGAGAAGGUUGGGCCUUCAUGCCCUCAGACAGAGCACUUGUCUUUGUGGAUAAUCAUGACAACCAGAGGGGCCAUGGAGCUGGAGGAGCUUCCAUUCUCACCUUCUGGGACGCCAGAUUGUACAAAAUGGCAGUUGGAUUUAUGCUUGCUCAUCCUUAUGGAUUUACACGAGUGAUGUCAAGCUUCAGGUGGCCGAGAUACUUUGAGAAUGGACAGGAUGUAAAUGAUUGGGUCGGACCACCCAAUGACAAUGGAGUGAUUAAAAGAGUAACUGUCAAUGCAGACAGUACUUGUGGCAAUGACUGGGUUUGUGAACACCGAUGGCGUCAAAUAAGGAAUAUGGUUAUUUUCCGUAAUGUAGUUAAUGGCCAGGAUUUUACAAAUUGGUGGGAUAAUGGAAGUAACCAGGUGGCUUUUGGCAGAGGGAACAAAGGAUUCAUUGUAUUUAACAAUGAUGACUGGGCAUUGUCAACAAAUCUGCAAACUGGUCUUCCUGCUGGUACCUACUGUGAUGUCAUUUCUGGAGAUAAAAUCCACAACCAUUGUACAGGAAUUGAAAUCUAUGUUCGCAGUCAUGGUCUUGCUUACUUCAGUAUUAGCAACACUGCUGAAGAUCCAUUUAUUGCCAUCCAUGUGGAUGCUAAAUUAUAAUCAAUUACUGGAUAAAUAGCAUUUCCUGACAUAAUAAGCAAAGUCAAACACAUAAUGAUCAAUUCCCUUUUCUUAGAUAUGGAAUUGUACUAAAAAUCAAGACAUUCUCUCCUAUCUAAUAUUAAAAAACUCUAACAUCAUGACAUUUAAAGCAUAUGUUAUAUAAUAA